GUACUGAAGGGUGCCCCUGGACAACCCGGGACUAUUUUACGGACAGUCCCCAUGGGRGGAGUACGUCUCGUCUCCCCGGUUACCGUUUCCGGUGUCAAACCUAACGUCACCACCCUUGUUGUCAAGGGAACCACAGGUGUGACAACGUUUGGUACKGUGACUGGUACGGUGUCUUCGAGCCUGGCGGGUGGAAGCGUUGCCACGGCUACUCCCAUCACCACCUUGGGCACCAUGACCGCUCUGCCUGGACAGGUCACCGUCUCCGCAGCWCAGGCAGGAGCUCAGCCCACUCAGGUGACCCUAAUCACGACCCCCAGUGGUGUGGAUGCUCAGCCUGUCCACGACCUCCCGGUCUCCAUCCUGUCCUCCCCCACCUCCGCCGACCCUUCCUCCACCCAGCCCGAGGCAGGCGACCCAGGAACGGUAACCCUGGUCUGCUCRAACCCACCCUGCGAGACCCACGAGACUGGCACCACCAAUACAGCGACCACAGCCUCCGCUAACAUGACUGGUAAUGGUGGGGUGGAGAGGGUGUGUUCAAACCCGCCGUGUGAAACCCACGAGACCGGCACCACCAAUACUCAAACGACGGCGUCCUCCAACAUGGGAUCCCCCCUCACCUCUCCUGUCUGCUCCAGUCCACCUUGUGAAACACACCAGACAAGCCCCACUGAGGCCGGAGCUGGAGGCAGCAGCGACACACAGGUCUGCUCCAGUCCACCUUGUGAAACACACGAGACUGGCACUACCACUACGUCGACGCAGGACAACUCCAGUAUGGGCAGCGGGCAGACGACAGGGACCGUGCAAAAGGUGUGUUCCAAUCCGCCGUGUGAAACACACGAGACGGGCACCACCAACACCCCAUCUCAGACUACGUCCAACCUGGCGGGGACGGGGACAGGAACAGGAACAGGCACGGUCCAGAGGGUGUGUUCCAAUCCGCCGUGUGAAACGCACGAGACGGGGACCACCAACACCCCGUCUCAGACUACGUCCAACCUGGCGGGGACGGGGACAGGCACGGUCCAGAGAGUGUGUUCCAAUCCGCCGUGUGAAACRCACGAGACGGGGACGACCAACACAGCUACCACAGGUAGGACCUACUGUUAUCUAUCCACUGAGCAUGACUGUGUCUGUAACCCGUCGCUUUCUUCAAAUGAAGGAGACAGUGGCCAGGAGGGCCAUCAUCAAAACAUCCCCAUUGUGUUGACUCAGGCUGAGCUGGCAGCCCUGGUACAUCAACAACAACAGCUACAGGAAGCCCAGGCCCUGGCGCAGGCGGCGGCGGCGGCAGCAACGGCACAACUCAACCAGGAUGACUCCGGGGCCAUCCCAGACUACAGUCAAAUGAAGAAGAUGGAUCUCCAACCUGGGACGGCCUAUAAAUUCAGAGUGGCCGGGAUCAACACAUGUGGCCGGGGGAACUUCUCAGAGGUCUCAGCCUUCAAGACGUGUCUACCAGGCUUCCCCGGAGCUCCCUGUGCUAUCAAGAUCAGCAAGAGCCCAGACGGCGCCCACCUGACCUGGGAGCCCCCGUCGGUCACAUCUGGUAAGAUCAUUGAGUACUCGGUGUACCUGGCCAUCCAGAGCGCCCAGAGCGGGGAACAGGCCAAGCCCACCACCACCACCACCCCAGCCCAGCUGGCUUUCAUGCGGGUGUUCUGUGGGCCCAACCCCUCCUGCCUGGUGCAGUCGUCCAGCCUCUCCAACGCACACAUAGACUACACUACCAAGCCUGCCAUCAUCUUCCGCAUCGCAGCCCGCAACGAGAAGGGCUACGGCCCUGCCACGCAGGUCAGGUGGCUCCAAGAGGUAGGUAAAGAUGGCGUUGCGGCUAAACCUACUGCUAAGAGACCAGGCUCCUCGCCUGACAUGAAAGCUGCUGGUCCAAAGAAGGCCAGAUCAGACCAGUAAAGGGGUUUCUUUCUUCUCCCUUUGUUGUCCCAUGAUGAUUAUGACUGAGCUGAAUACAAUACCUUCCUACUGAAUACAACACCACAGCCUCAACCAGCCCCUCCACCAACACCCCUCACCAACUAUCUACAGUAUCCUUGCCUCAACCUCAGUCCCCAAACCUGGACCCAGACCGCCCCCCCCCCCCCCAAAACUACCUAUCAUUUACAAAAUGGCCGCAAGAAAACCCCAGAUGAAAAUAAUCCCAGAGCCCUGCCCUCAUCACUGGAGGUUGUGGUGCCACGGACACCUUGUUUCAACCUCGUGUUCUUCAUUGGUUUAUUACUGAUCUUCUGUUAAAACGGUUGAAAGCACAUAAUUCUUGCUUUUUUUCUCUUUUUUUUUGUGAUUUUCGGUGAAAUCAAAAAAUACAAAAAAAAAACUGUUGAGUCCGCUUUAACUGUAGUUGCUCUAGCUAGUUCUUUUAGUCUCUGUCCCAUGCCUUUCCCCCCCAUCUCACGGUUUAUCAACACAAGCAAUACACAGCACAAAUAGCUGUGUAUGUCCUAUCAUUUGCGUGUCGGUUCGAUUGGUCACAUUUUAGAAGGAUCAGAUGGUUGCUAUAGUAGACGGUUGGAACAGAAGAACACGGCGUCACCACGUUGUCAUGGGGAGRAAAACACACCGAUGGAAAACAGACAGCACUUGGGGAGGACAGAGUGUUUCUCCAUUGAAGGGGGAAUCGUCAUCGACCGAUUUAAGACUCCGUAUUUGUCCUGGCUAUCGUCUUGCUUUGUGACAUGACAUCACUGUGUUCAUGCGUACCCACGUCACAGGGUGUAAAGGAACAAGAGUUUCACUCAAGUAAAGAAAAAAGGAAGUGUUUUUUUUUUUUUUGGUGUAGGUUUUAGGAGGCGACUUUAUUCUCUCGUCUGUUUCCUUUCGUUGGAGGAUGUGUGGACACUGACUUGACUGCCAGCCAGGGUGAAAAGUACAAUGUUUUUUUUUUUUACAGCCCUAUUCGACAGGUAAUUUGACACUUAUUUCAGAAUUGGUGGUCUAAUGAACCGUUAAAUAAGGACUUUUUGUACUUGCUCUGCUGCGGAAGAUGAAAGAACAGAACGCAAGAUUUGACUGAAAGAGGCGAUUGGAUUUUGUUUUUGUUUACUUUCAGUUUUUUUUUAUUUUUUUAUUAAAGGAAUUGAUUUGCAGAAGAAAAGCUUAUUUUCACCGGCCCUCCUCCUCCUCGUCUCUACCUGUUGAUAGUCCAUAGAAUGCAUUUGUUGACAUCUGUGGAAUCUAGAAGGUUCUUUAUCCAAGCCUUGUUUUUAGAGUUCUGAGAAAUAACUGGGAUAUUUUCUGCCCCCCUCCCCCCCAAAAAUGCGGACAAACUGUUGAUAUUGAUAACCAUUCACAUUACUUUUGGUGUAUUGUUGUUGUUAUUAUUAUUAUUAUUAUUUGCUUUACAUAUGUUUAGGUAUGCAAGUGUGUGUCAUGUGACAAAUGUUUUCCAUGUAGUUGGCAUGCAUGUCUUUUUUGAACAGAGCAUUUUAUUUACCUAGAGGUGGGAAAUGUUCGUUAUGAAGAAUGAUUGAAUGGUGCAGCAGCAAGACAGGGUUUGAGCUCAGUUGUAAAUUAGUUCCUUCCUUCACGUAGCAAGUAAAGUU